GAGUAGCACUUCCAAACCUCCAAGAACUUUCGACAAUCUACCACAAGAAGCAAAUCGACGUUUUUAUUCCGGCCAUAUAUAUCAGUGUCGCCCAAUACCACAAAUCCACCAUGCCGUCCGUCAAGAACCCCAAUCGCCCCUCCAAGAACCGCCUCGCCGCCCGCGCCGCGAAAGCGAAGAAGGCGAACCAGAAGCGCGCCGACCCUGCCAACCGAAGCAAGAUCACAAAGGCGGACAAGACGAGAGGCGCACGACCGGGCCUGCUGCCGAAUAGCGGACCGAGGGCGCAGGUCAGCGCCAAGAAGGCGAGGAAGCUGGAGAAGAAGAUGGGGUAUGCGCUGAAGAGGCAGAUGGAGGCUGAGGGAGAGGCUGAGAUGAAGGAUGCUCCGGUUGUUGAGGAGAAGGCGACGCAAGAGGGAGAGGAUGUUGAGAUUCAGUGAUUUUUGUUUACUAUGGAGAUACGACACAUUGCACAUUCAAAAGUUAAUGGCUACCUAGGUAUCUAGUUUGGUUUCUAUGGCAUUAUGGACAUACACAUACAUGGCGCAGGUUGGGUCUAGAUUUUGAAAUACACUUUAUUUGCUGUAAAUGCUACAUAUGAGCAUUAUCGAAAGGCUGUCUGGUGAUGCUACAGUCCAUCGAAUACAAUUUUUUUCUUAUAUCCACCAAAAGACAAGUGCAUCAUAGAGAGAUCCAGAGGGAAA